GUAUUAUAUAAUGGCAAUACUGAUGUGUCAUAUCGCGUAAUCGGCAUAAAUGAAUACUACACAGAUAACAAUGCUCUCUUUCUGAUUGGCCCAGCUGGUGUUGCUGGCCCACCUGACCUGAUAUAUGAACGAGCAUCUUCUGGUUUCAUUAAAAAUGGUCCAAGUGCUGUGGCACUAUACUGGGCACCAGAAUCUGAAUUUCAAACUGGGACUUUAGCUACCAAUGUCAGUCUGAUUGAUGCUGUAGUCAUGGCAACAGAUGAUGAUCCUGCAGCUCAGCAACUUAUAAAUGUGUUAACCCCAGGUGGAGAACAGGUGAUUGAAGAUAGAAGAUUUCUUGAGGAUGACGAGUCUAUUAAUCGCUGUCACUAUGGUAACGGUGAUGUGUUUAUGACAGUCUCCCAUCUAUCUCCUAAACUACCAAAUAUCUGCCCCAUCAUUACGAAUAUCACCCUGGUGAUUAAUGAGUUCAGUCUUACAGAAGAUGAACAGUACAUUGAACUUUGGGAUGGUGGUUAUGGAUCAACAUCACUUGAUGGAUACAUUCUUGUGAUAUUCAAUGAAAGUGGUAUAUCGUUGAUAACGGUUGAUUUGAAUGCAUUUAAUACAAACACAAAUGGGUAUUUUGUCGUUGGAUUCAACAUCCAAUCACAGAUAGUCAUCGACCAAG